AUGAAGCUCCUCACCACAAACUUCCUGACCUGUGCCGUCAAGGCGUGCAAGUCCUCGUCUGCUUCGUUCCCGCUGCACUUCAAGGACGCCGUGCUGGAACGCACAGAGAUCGACUUCAACCCGCUCUUCAUCAAGAACAUCCUGCCUCGCGUGAACUGGGACGCGUUGACCGUCACGGCGACCGAGCUGGGCCUGCAAGCGAUGGUGCCCGAGAAAAACCCUGCGGACCUUGGCGACGACGACGAAACCGCAGCAACAAAACAAGAAGAUGACGACCACGAGAUGGAUGUCGAGCAAGACAAGGAAAUCGACACCGCCCAGAAGGAGGUAGAAAUUGACGAGGACGUGCUGAAGAAACUACACACCCUCCUCCUCGAGACGGCAGUGUCCGAGGGAAAACUGGUCUGUGGAAACUGCGGCUUUGAAUAUCCCAUCAAGGAAGGCGUGGGCAAUUUUCUCUUGCCCGCGCAUUUGGUGUGA